AUUCCCUCCAAUCCCUCCCUCUAUUUCUCUCUCCCUUUUUCCUUUUUUCUCUCUCUCUCUUUAGCUUUUCUCUCUCUAAAUUUUAUUAGCUAUUCUUUCUCAUCCUCCUCUUGUUAGCCUCUCUCCUUCUCUCAACCUUUUCCCUCACUGUACCAGCUUUUCUCUGCCUCUUCUAUUCCGGGAAAAUUAAUAGAGAAAGUGAAAAAACUGGUUCUCUCAUAAUUUUGGUCAUUAGAUUGGAUCUGGGCUGCGCCUUUAUUGCGAUAUCUCUUCCAAAUACCAGGGCACUCUUGUUCUGUAUUCCAGCCAAAGCGUUGGAAAUACAAAUAAUUGAAAAGCAGAAACAAUAUGGCUGUUUCCAUGAGGGAUCUGGAUCCAGCAUUCCAAGGAGCUGGACAGAAGGCGGGACUUGAGAUAUGGCGGAUUGAAAACUUUCAUCCUGUUCCUGUCCCAAAAUCUUCUUAUGGGAAGUUUUUCGUGGGUGACUCCUAUGUUGUUUUGAAGACAACUUCACUAAAAAGUGGUGCCUUACGACAUGAGAUUCAUUAUUGGCUGGGUAAAGAUACCUCUCAGGAUGAAGCAGGUUGUGCUGCCAUCAAAACAAUUGAACUUGAUGCAGCACUUGGAGGUCGUGCAGUACAGUAUCGUGAAGUACAGGGCCAUGAAACAGAGAAGUUCCUAUCUUAUUUUAAACCAUGUAUUAUACCUCAAGAAGGUGGUGUUGCUUCUGGGUUCAAACAUGCCGAGGCUGAAGAACACCAGACUCGCUUGUUUGUCUGCAAAGGAAAGCGCGUUGUUCAUGUGAAAGAGGUUCCUUUUGCUCGAUCGUCACUCAACCAUGAUGAUAUUUUUGUUCUUGAUACUGAGUCAAAAAUUUUUCAAUUUAAUGGUUCCAACUCAUCUAUCCAAGAGAGAGCUAAAGCAUUAGAAGUAGUCCAGUAUAUUAAGGACACUUAUCACGAUGGAAAAUGCGAGGUAGCUGCCAUUGAGGAUGGGAAAUUGAUGGCUGAUGCUGAAACUGGGGAAUUCUGGGGUUUGUUUGGGGGUUUUGCUCCACUUCCUAGGAAAACAAGCACUGAUGAGGAUAAGAUUGCUGAUUCUCAUUCUACUAAGCUGUUUCGGGUUGAGAAGGGGCAGGCAAAACCUGUUGAUGCAGAUUCUUUGACAAGGGAAUUACUAGACACUAAUAAGUGCUAUAUUCUAGAUUGUGGAUUGGAAGUGUUUGUAUGGAUGGGGAGAAAUACCUCACUUGAUGAAAGAAAGGCUGCGAGUGGAGCUGCAGAGGAGUUAGUCCAUGGAGCGAAUAGACCAAAGUCCCACAUUAUUCGUGUAAUUGAGGGCUUUGAGACAGUGAUGUUCCGGUCAAAGUUUGAAUCAUGGCCACAGACAACUGAUGUAGCUGUGUCUGAGGAUGGUAGAGGCAAAGUUGCAGCACUUCUAAGGCGGCAAGGGGUAAAUGUCAAGGGCCUUUUGAAAGCUGCCCCUCCAAAGGAAGAACCUCAACUGUAUAUUGAUGUCACAGGACAUCUUCAGGUUUGGCAUGUGGAUGGCCAGGAAAAGAUUCUCCUUCAAGCUUCAGAUCAGUCAAAAUUUUACAGUGGAGAUUGCUAUAUUUUUCAGUAUUCAUAUCCAGGAGAUGACAAGGAGGAAUACCUUAUAGGAACAUGGUUUGGGAAGAAGAGCGUUGAGGAGGAAAGAGCUUCUGCUAUUUCACUAGCAAGCAAGAUGGUUGAAUCAUUAAAGUUUCUUCCCUGCCAGGCUUGCUUCUAUGAAGGAAAUGAACCAAUUCAGUUCUUUAUAAUCAUGCAGAGUUUUAUUGUUUUUAAGGGUGGUCUUAGCACUGGAUACAAGACCUGUAUUGUGGAGAAGGAACUCCCAGAUGAGACAUAUAGGGAGGAUGGCCUUGCAUUAUUUCGCGUUCAGGGUUCUGGACCAGAUAAUAUGCAAGCAAUACAAGUUGAACCAGUUGCAUCGUCUCUGAAUUCCGCUCACUGUUACAUAUUGCACAAUGACUCUACCAUCUUUACAUGGUCUGGGAACCUUACAACCAAUGAUGACCAGGAACUUGUGGAAAGGCUGUUGGAUCUGAUAAAGCCAAAUUUACAGACCAAGCCACAAAAGGAGGGUUCAGAAUCUGAGCAAUUUUGGGAGCUGUUAGGAGGAAAAACUGAAUAUCCCAGCCAAAAGGUUGCAAGGGAAGCUGAAAGGGAUCCACACCUUUUCUCUUGCACAUUCUUGAAGGGUAGGGAAAUUGCUGUUUUUGCUGGAAAUCUGAAGGUGGUUGAGAUAUACAACUUUACCCAGGAUGAUUUAAUGACUGAAGACAUAUUCAUCUUGGAUUGUCACUCUGAUAUCUUUGUCUGGGUAGGGCAACAGGUUGACUCCAAGAGCAAAACACAUGCUUUAACUAUUGGGGAGAAAUUUCUUGAAAGUGAUUUUCUGUUAGAGAAGUUAUCUCAUGAAACUCCUAUAUAUAUUGUUAUGGAAGGGAAUGAGCCACCUUUCUUCACACGUUUCUUUGAAUGGGACUCUGCAAAAUCUGCUAUGCAUGGAAACUCAUUCCAAAGAAAACUUGCAAUUGUCAAACAUGGGGUUGCUCCUAUAGUAGAUAAACCCAAACGAAGAACACCUGUAUCCUAUGGAGGAAGGUCUAGUGUGCCAGAAAAAUCUCAGCGUUCCAGAAGCAUGUCUUUCAGUCCUGACCGAGUUCGUGUUAGGGGCAGGUCACCAGCUUUCAAUGCACUAGCUGCUAAUUUUGAGAACCCUAAUGCUAGGAACCUUUCAACCCCACCACCAGUUGUUAGAAAGAUUUAUCCAAGAUCUGUGACCCCAGAUUCAGGAAAGCUUGCUUCAAAAUCUGCAGCUAUAGAAGCUCUUACUGCAUCUUUUGAGCAACCGCCACCAGCUCGACAAGUUAUCAUGCCUCGGUCUGUCAAAGUGAGCCCUGAGGGACCAAAAUCAACUCCUGGAAAGUUAACACCUGAGUCCAACAAUAAGGAGAACUCUAUGAGCACCAGAAUAGAAUCCCUCACUAUACAGGAGGACGUGAAGGAGGGUGAAGCUGAAGAUGAGGAAGGGCUUCCAAUAUUUCCAUAUGAACGCCUUACAACUAACUCAACAGAUCCUGUUACUGAAAUUGAUGUGACAAAGCGAGAGACUUACCUCUCAGCCACAGAGUUUAGGGAGAAAUUUGGGAUGGCAAAGGAUGCCUUCAAUAAGAUGCCAAAAUGGAAACAGAACAAACUUAAAAUGGCCCUUCACUUGUUCUGAGCCUCCUUCUUACCUCUGCUUAAACUUCAGCUCCCUGCAGCCUCAGCUGCAGGUGGAAGAAAGCAUAUAUGUGAAUCUUGAGGGGAGCUCAGUUUCUCAAAAAGUGAAAGGGAAGGGACAGCAUCAGUGCAUUUUUAGCUGCUUCUGCUCCCAGGAAGCUUGUGUUCUUGAUUGAUGGACAAAACCAGAGAUUUCUUUUACCCAUUUAUUUUUCUGUUUUCCAUAUGGUGGUUUGAAGUCUAGCUUUAUAAAAUUUUCCCCCACUUUUUGGGUUGAGUUAGUUGUUUGGUAUUAUUUAUGGUCACAGGUUUGUUGUGAGCUUGCAUUUUUGUUUUUCAUUUUUCAAUUGAAAAAUUCAUCUGUAGUGAAUAGGUGAUUGUGAAGCAGCCAGUUUAGGAUGUAAUGUACGACUGAGGAUGGAAGUGUGUACAGCAGAGUGUAAAAAAGCAGUCCACUCAUCAUUUCAUUUGUUUUUUUAAUAAAAGUGUGCUUUUUUAUGUCUA